CUCCUCAGUUCCUCCAGACCCAGACUGCUCAGCAACAUCUCCCUCCUUUUGCUGGGGAGCAGAGGAGAGGAGAAGAAACAUCUCUCGUCUUCAACCACGUCACUGUGCUCAAAUAUAACAGCAAAAACAAGAGAAACAGUCCCAGCAUCAGUAGCACAUACCAACAUUUUUACAGGAUUGUCAACCUGAAUUACUUAUGAUUUGGCUGUUGGAUUUUCAUUGUUUAACAUCACAAACUUUAUCAUCGUCACUACUAUAUCAUCAUCAUUGUCCUUGUCUUCAUCCUCCUUACCAUCAUCAUCAUCAUCUACAACAACUUCUAUCUUCAUCUUGAAAGCAGUCUCACCAUGUAUUUGGAGAACAAAAGCAACCUGGAGAUUGAGAUGUCUCAGACGUCAGCCCAGGGCCAUCAAGGCAGGAGCAGCCUGAGGUCACCAGAGGCCGUCGCAGGGAACUUUGGGGAGCUGCGUCUGCUGCAGGGCAUCUCAGAGAGGAGAGACACCGAGAAGCUUCAGCAGUCUGCAGUUCUUUCCUCAGGACAGGGUGUCAUCCAUACUGAGGGCUUUGUACCUGUUCGACAAGAGGAUGGGCACAAUUUCAGCGUGGUUAAUAUUCUCAGAGGAAAAUCUAAUUCAGCCAACAUUACAGAGAGGUCGCCUCUGCUGAGAUUCUCUCAAGAUGACAGUAUAACCUACAUGACCCUGCAUGACCCCAGCUUUGUUGGAGGGGAAGAGCCCUGGGACAAUGGCUCCUUGGACCUGGAGAGAAGGUAUCGGCUGGGCAGUGAGGUCACCAGCCUGUCCCGCUCUGGCUCCACGGAGAAGAACGACCCUCUGGACAACCUCAACCUCAACUUCAGACUCACCAGUAGUAUGAGAUGCUGCUUCAGAGCCUCCAAAAUUGCCACAAUCUUUACUAUUGUUGUUCUCUGCAGUCUGUUCUUCAGCAUGUAUCCAGAUCGAGACAACCCCUGGAGGAUGUUGGCAGUCUCUUCAACAGACAGUUUCUCAAUGAACCUGACAGAUUUCAGAGACAACGCUUUGCUGAAGCUCCAGGUGGGAGGGCCUUUCACAGGAGGGAUGAUCGACCUCACUAACCAGGAGUACAUCCUGAUCCAGGUGGAGCAGACUGAGCAGUCGGGACAACGAAGGAGGAGGACUCAGCAGGUGAUCCAUAAUUGGACCAUUCCUCUACAUGGUGAACGAAGUGACCAGAUACUAUUAACAAAAACAUUUGAGAUGCUCAGCAGUGACCCCAUCGUCAUCACGGUUCAGGCCUUCCUGCAGGAUAACGAGGUGGUGCCGUUAUCCAUGACCCACCAGUCACUCUACGUCAGUGUGGAGACACAGGUGGCCAUCGCUGGAAUCAUCCUGGCUGGGGUUUAUGUUCUCAUAAUCUUUGAGAUUGUGCACCGCACUCUGGCAGCCAUGCUGGGAUCUUUGGCAGCCUUAGCUGCUCUGGCUGUCAUUGGUGAUCGGCCCAGUCUGGUUACUGUGGUAGAGUGGAUUGACUAUGAGACGCUGGCUCUUCUGUUUGGCAUGAUGGUACUGGUGGCCAUUUUUUCAGAGACUGGCUUCUUUGAUUAUUGUGCUGUGAAGGCUUACCAAUUAUCCAGAGGAAGAGUGUGGCCAAUGAUCAUCAUCCUCUGUCUCAUCGCUGCCAUUCUUUCUGCUUUUCUGGACAAUGUGACCACUAUGAUGCUUUUCACCCCUGUCACCAUAAGGUUGUGUGAGGUGCUUAAUCUAGACCCCAGACAUGUCCUGAUUGCAGAAGUAAUCUUCACCAACAUUGGAGGGGCUGCCACAGCUGUCGGAGAUCCACCCAAUGUGAUUAUAGUAUCAAAUCAGGACCUGCGCAAAGAAGGGAUUGAUUUUGCCAGUUUCACAGGCUACAUGUUCCUUGGAAUAUGCCUCGUCCUUUUCACCUCCUUUCCUUUCCUACGGAUGCUCUACUGGAACAAAAAACUCUACAACAAAGAGUCCAUUGAAAUAGUUGAACUCAAGCAUGAGAUCCUGGUUUGGAGGCAGACGGCUCAGCGCAUUAACCCUGCCAGCCGAGAGGAGACAGCUGUGAAAUGCCUCCUGAUGCAAAAAGUCCUCAACCUGGAAAGUCUGCUCCGCAAGAUGAUGAAAACCUUCCAAAGACAAAUUUCUCAAGAGGAUAAGAACUGGGAGCAAAACAUUCAAGAAUUGCAAAAAAAGCACAGAAUAACUGACAAGGUUCUCUUGGUGAAGUGUGUGUCUGUCCUUGGCGUGGUGAUCUUCAUGUUCUUUCUCAACUCCUUCCUUCCCAGCAUUCAUCUUGAUCUCGGUUGGAUUGCUAUCCUGGGUGCACUGUGGCUUAUGGUUCUGGCCGACAUCCAGGAUUUUGAGAUCAUCUUGCACCGUGUGGAGUGGGCCACAUUACUGUUCUUUGCUGGCCUCUUCGUUUUGAUGGAGGCUUUAGCCCAGCUGCAGCUUAUCGACUAUAUUGGAGAACAGACAGCGCUGCUUAUAAAAGCGGUGCCAGAAGACCAGCGCUUGGCUAUAGCCAUUAUCUUGGUGAUGUGGGUCUCAGCUCUGGCCUCUUCUCUCAUAGACAACAUUCCCUUCACUGCCACCAUGAUUCCAGUUCUAAUCAACCUAAGUCAGGAUGCAGAUGUGAACUUGCCAGUAAAACCUCUCAUCUUUGCCUUGGCCAUGGGAGCCUGCCUUGGGGGAAAUGGCACAUUGAUAGGAGCAUCAGCCAAUGUUGUGUGUGCAGGAAUUGCUGAACAACACGGCUACGGCUUUUCCUUCAUGGAGUUCUUCAGGUUAGGAUUCCCCAUGAUGAUAAUGACGUGUAUGAUCGGCAUGUGCUACCUGCUGGCCACCCACAUCGGACUAGGAUGGAACAUGUAAUCUACAACUGCCGUACAGUCAGAGACUGUGUGUUACAACAACAGUGCAUGUGUGAUACGUAACUUGAUUGACUGAUCAGAUUACAGGCACUAUAUGAAGCACGGCAGCCAUAUUUUAGAAAAUGUCUUUGACUAAAGUGGAGACCAGCUGGGACCAGAAUUACAGGAGCUGUGACCAAAAUCCACAAAUGUGAGUGUGAUGCAUUUAGUUCUUGGUGACAGGUCCAGUGUCACCCUGUUGAGUUUUACCAGCUUUGUCAAAAACUUGAACCUUUUGUUCUCAGCAAAGAGUCAAUCCAAGGGAAGAAAAUGUGUCUUUACUGAAAAAAAAUGGUCCCACUUCAUGAUGCUGUACAUGGUGCUAUUGCCUCAGUGGGUACAACUGGUGUAAGUGACUCCAGCUAUGCCCCCUGAUGUCAGACUGUUCAUUCUUUUGGAAAUCUAUGUGGUCUGUUUACAAAAAGCAACAACUCAUUUAUCUACAAAUGUUUUACACUGAUUUGCAUUUUGAGACAUUUAAGACACUGAUUAAUUUGUUUUAGGCAAACAUUUCAACCAUGGUUUACCAAACUUAUGUUGAUAUUUUAAAGGAACCACAAUACCCAGUGAAAGGGAUUUUAUAAAGGUUAAUGUCUUAUAUUUUUGUCAGCUGCCAAAAUCUCAAUGCCUUGUGAAUGAAUCUGAAAAACGAAUAAAAUUGGAGGGUAGCAGAAUGAUUAAAUAUAACAGAUGUAGACUGUUAUCUAAACAAUGUAUACUAUCUAGCACUAAUACCUAGAAAAUAUUUAAUCAUGUAAAUGGUCUUACAUGGAACGGACAACAUUUUCCUACCUUGUCCAGUUGAACAAAAUCAACAAACAAUAAAGGUUGGGAUGUUUCUGCUUUUCA